UGGUCAAUGCAAGGUAUAUAUGAUAUUAAGAAUGGAAGCCAUCUGUCAGUGAAUAGAUCUGUUGCUAAUGGAGACAUUAAUUUCUGCAUCAGCUGCGUCUUGAAGAGACAGUAAGAACGGUUCAGUUUCCAAAGUCUUGCAAUGGCACAUGAUGCUGAUGGAUUUAGGCAUUCUUCAAGAAUUUCUGGUUCAACUCUGAGAUGGAAAUAUCACGUGUUUUUGAGUUUUCGAGGAGAAGAUACUCGUACAAGUUUUGCAGAUCAUUUAUAUGUUACUUUGCAACACAAGGACUUAUAACUUUUAGAGACGAGGAACAACUUGAAAAGGGAGGAGCAAUUAAAGAAAAUCUACUCCAAGCAAUUGAAGAAUCUUUUUCUGCAGUUAUUGUGCUCUCCCCGAAUUAUGCUUCUUUAUCAUGGUGCUUGGAUGAACUCCUAAAGAUUCUUGACUCUAAGAAAAAGUUGGAUCUUCAAGUAUUUCCAAUCUUUUACGGUGUAGAUCCGUCUGAUGUUCGAUGUCAAAAGGGAAGUUUUGCAGAAGCAUUCAAAAAGCAUGAAGAAACACGAGAAAAUGAAGGUGCAGAGAUGGAAGGAUGCAUUAGAAGAAGUUCCUAACUUAGCUCGUUGGAACUCUAAAAAUUGGCAUGAAACAGAACUCAUAAAAAGUGUUGCGGAGAAAGUGUGGACAAAAUUACAUAAUGAAUUGCCAAUUGACAAUGAUAUAUUAGUCGGGAUUGAAUCAAAGAUAGCAAAAUUGGAUUCAAUAAUCUCCAAUGGAUUGGAAGAAGUUCGAUUCAUAGGAAUAUGGGGUAUGGGAGCGUUAGGUAAAACCACUCCCACGAGAGUUGUUUAUGAGCAAAUACACAAAAGCUUUGAAGUUCAUUGCUUUCUUCUAGAUGUUAGAGAGGCAUCUGAAAAAGAUGGCUUGAUUUCCUUGCAAAGAAAACUUCUUUCUUAUUUAAAUUUAAGAAGUGAGGAAUUGGAUGAUUGUUAUGAUGGAAGGAAGUUGAUAAAAAACGUCUUAUGCAAUAGAAAAGUUCUGCUCGUCCUUGAUGAUGUGAGUAAUACAGAUCAACUUGAGAAUUUAGCAGGAAAGCAAGGAUGGUUCGGUCAAGGGAGUGGAAUUAUAAUAACAACUAGAGAUAGAGAUAUACAUUUUGUUAUCAUUGCAUGGUGUCUCUACUCAAUAUGAAAUCAAAACCUUAAGUGAUGAUGAAUGUCAUUUGGAGUUUUCUAGAAGUAUGAUUGAAUAUGCUAGAGGUCUUCCUUUA